AUGUCUUUCGAUGAAAAAACUCCUAGCUCAAUUGAAAAUAAGACAGCUAUACGUUCACCUUUCUUAAUAGGUGUUGCUGGCGGCUCUGCUAGUGGCAAGAAAACAGUAUGUAAUAUGAUUAUGGAACGGCUCAAUAAACACACGAAAGCUGUUCGUAAAGUAGUCGUUAUAAGUUUGGGUGAUUUUUAUCGAGAAUUUAGUGACGAUGAAAAAGAAUUGGCUGAAAAAGGACAAUUCAAUUUUGAUCAUCCAAAUGCAUUCGAUUUUGAUCUGGUCGAGAAAGUUGUUGAAGAGUUAAAAGCUGGGAAAGCAGUUACGUUGCCUUCUUAUGAUUUUGAUACUAGAACAAGAAAUCUAUCGGCACGGCAUUUGUCACCGCCAGAUGUCGUUUUAUUUGAAGGAAUCUUGAUUUUAUACGAGAAAAAAAUACGUGAUUCACUUUCAAUGAAAAUAUUCGUCCAUGUUGAUAGUGACACAAGAUUAGCACAGAGAGUACUUCAGGAUACUACGCAAAGACAUCAUUACCCAUUAGAAUACGUUUUAAAUCAAUAUAUUAAAUAUGUAAAACCAGCAUAUGAAGACUUUGUUUUGCCGAUGUCAUUAUACCUAGAGGAGCGGAUAACGUUGCAGCUAUUAACUUGA